AUGGUGGAAAGGCAAUUUAAUCGAAGGGUUCGUGUAGUGAGAAGUGAUAAUGGUGGAGAGUUUAUAGGGAUGAAAUCUUACUUUGCUACAGAAGGGAUCUUGCAUCAAACGAGUUGUGUCUAUACCCCACAACAGAAUGGGCGUGUCGAGAGAAAGCAUCGACACAUUUUGAAUGUUUCUCGCUCAUUGAUGUUCCAAGCAAACUUACCGGUACGCUUUUGGGGAGAGUGUGUAUUGACGGCGUGUCAUCUGAUCAACCGAACCCCAUCAAACAAUCUUAAUGGCAAGACGCCAUUUGAGAUGCUUCACCGAGUUGCUCCCAACUACACCACUCUCAAGGUAUUUGGUUGCUUGUGUUUUGCGAGAAAUGUGCUGCGUGAUAAGGAUAAAUUUGGAGAGAGAAGUCAUCGUGGUGUGUUUAUGGGUUAUCCAUUUGGCCAUAAGGGUUGGCGUGUAUGGGAUAUUGAGAAACAAGAGUUCUUUGUUUCCAGAGAUGUUAUAUUCGAGGAGAAAGACUUCCCAUUUUCCUCGAUGACAAAACAGAACACAGUUCUUGAGGCACCAACACAACAAGAGGUUGUGACGUAUGAUGAUGAUUUUGUUGAAAUCAGAGAUGGGAAACAGAAGUUGCUGCAGGACGACAGGGGGAGUGAUCGUGAUAGUGAUCAUGGGAUAGAAGCAGAACAGGAGAUGGCUAAUGAACAAAGUAAUGAACAGAGUAAUGAACAGAUUAGUGAGGUUGAGGAGGUUGUUCCAACACGACGAAGUCAAAGAGAAAAGACUACAUCCACUCGUCUUGAUGGGUUUAUUCUUUAUACCACACAAUGCUCUAAAGACCCUCUCUCUCUCUCUCAGCUCGCCUCCACCAGCAUCUUUGGCAACAGAGCUUUUCUUGCUGCUAUUACGGCCGAGACUGAACCUACUUCAUUUAGAGACGCAAUGAAAGAUAAACGUUGGAGAAACGCAGUUUCAAAUGAAGUAGGUGCAUUGGAGGGAAGCAGAACAUGGGAUAUCACCGAGCUUCCGCCAGGCAAGAAAGCAAUUGGGUGUCACUGGAUUUUCACUAUCAAAUAUAAGUCUACGGGCAAGGUAGAACGGUAUAAAGCUAGGUUGGUGGCUUAUGGAAAUCGUCAAGAAGAAGGGAUAGAUUAUGAUGAAACGUUUGCUCCGGUGGUUAAGAUGACAACAAUGAGAAUGUUCCUUAAGAUUUCUGCUGUGAAAGGAUGGGAAGUUCACCAAAUGGAUGUCCACAAUGCAUUUUUGCAUGGAGAUUGA